UCUUGGGGUAAAUAACGGAACUGUUGGAACAGUCUGCAAAUAUUCAUCACAUCAAAAUUGUUUUGUGCUAAGCCUCAGCCGUUUUAAACUAUGGGGCAGGAGGAUCUCAUGAACACAGCCGAGGACGUGGCAGACAAGUUUCUGCGGAUAUCGAAACAGUGUACGCCUCACCUGGCACGCCUGUGUCUCAUUAGCACCUUUCUUGAAGAUGGCGUCCGUAUGUGGUUUCAGUGGAAUGAACAAAGAGAGUACAUUGAGGGCACUUGGAGCUGUGGCUACUUCCUGGCCACUUGCUUUGUGCUGCUCAACCUCAUUGGACAACUGGGUGGCUGUGUCCUUGUUCUUAGUAGAAAUUUUGUACAGUAUGCCUGCUUCGGAUUAUUUGGCAUCAUAGCUCUACAGACUGUUGCAUACAGCAUUCUAUGGGACAUCAAGUUUUUGAUGAGAAACCUUGCCCUCGGUGGAGGUCUUCUUCUGCUGCUGGCUGAGUCUCGUUCAGAAGGAAAGAGCAUGUUUGCCGGAGUGCCGUCUAUGGGAGAGCGCUCACCAAAACAGUAUAUGCAGUUGGGAGGUCGGGUUCUGUUGGUGCUGAUGUUUAUGACUCUGCUGCACUUCGACUCCAAUUUCUUCUCUAUCCUGCAGAACAUGGUGGGGACUGCCCUCAUUAUCCUGGUAGCCAUUGGCUUCAAAACCAAGUUGGCAGCACUGACCUUGGUGGUAUGGCUGUUGGCCAUAAAUAUGUACUUCAAUGCCUUCUGGACCAUCCCAACCUACAAGCCAAUGCAUGACUUUCUCAAGUAUGAUUUCUUUCAGACCACCUCAGUCAUUGGAGGUUUGAUUCUUGUGGUGGUAUUGGGACCUGGAGGAGUGUCCAUGGAUGAGAAGAAGAAAGAGUGGUAGAAAGGGGUUGGGGUUAGAGGAUUUCAUUGCACCACUACCUGUCCCAAUUUAUGAGGACACACAGACCCUCCCCUCCUUACACCUACCCUUCCCCUUCUCCAGGGAUAAUCGGCUUUUGUUUUUGUUUUUGUUUUUUUUAAUGUUUUUAUUUUCAUUUUAUCUUAAUUUUUAAAAAUCCUAUCUACGGCAAAAAUCACCACCAGUCUGUGGACAGUUAGAAGUGUUUUUGUUUUCCUCCCAGCUGCUGUUUUUUUUUCCAACAUAGUUAAAACUACAUUUUUUUCUCCACUACAGUUACACUACACCCUUUUUGGGCCACAUGCAUAAGAAAGGCUCAUUCGGAAAUGUGUCAAAAUGUAAGCUAAUAAACUCAGUGAUGAAGAGCAUUUAGAAGAAAAGAUAUUUGUUUUUGUGGAGUGAGAAUUGAUAUGACAUUGUAUUUUAUGGAUGUGAUAACUUCCAUUACCUGUCAUUGAUAAACCACCUUUUCUUUUUUUUUUUAAAAUAAACCAAGCAAAGUUUAGAGAGUUCAUCAGUUUUGGACCACACAUGGAUGCCUAUCUUUUCUCUGUUGGAGACUGGACUAACUAAGACUUAUUCACUGUAUCAAUCAUGAGACGUUUCACACUGGUAUGACAGAAGUUCUGUCACGCUCCAGGGGUCCAUCUCGCCCAUUUUUUAAAGAUCCAAGCCUACAUAACUUCUGUACACAUUAGAUUUGAAUUGCCUAUUUGUAUUGGAGGCUUGACUGUGGGGAGUGUGUCGCGCUUGAUUGAAAAUUGAAACAGUUGUUGGCUCCAGGUGUUUUUGAGCCCUUUGUACUGUACCUUUUUGGCAAAUGCCUAACUAGUGAACUGUAUAUGAUCUGAGACAAUAGAGGGACAGCUCAACGUGACAGCCAUGUUCUGUGAUCUAGACAAGCAAAGAAGUAUUAGCAGAGUCAGACGCAGUGGCGGCUGGCCAGUACAGGGCGCUGGGGCACCGCCCCCCUCAAACAUCAAGAGGUGAAAAUCUACUUAAACAUGUUAAAUAUAAUUUAGUUGUAUGAUGCAAAUAAUUAUGAAAUAAAUGUUUUUCAGUCUGUGAGCACCUGUCAGCAGCCAUUAAAUAUUGGUUCCAAAUGGUAUUUGGUUGAUUUCUGUCUGAAUACAUAUACUUCCUGGGUGAGGGGCGCUGGCCAAACGAUACCUUAUGUAAGCUCUCAAACUUUUGGCGAGCAGGUGACCUGAGGCUGCUGUCUGAUUAGUUUCUUCAGAUUUUCCAUGGAGCGCAGUUCUGUGCGCCCCAGACCCUCCCACUUUUAUUGGCAGCGAAUGGGUAUUGUUAUAAUGUUGUUUGAUCUAAUGUGAUUGGACAAUUCUCGUAGCUGUCAAUCAUGUUUACACCCAACCACAACGCCUCGUCUCGACUGCCAAUCAUCCACCGUCUACGAACCCAGAUAAAAUCUAUAGGUUACGUUGUCUUCUUAACUAUGUGACUGUGUGGACAUUAAAGCAGCUGUCAGGUGUGCUGCGCCAAGGUAAAUUGCGCCCCCCCAAACAUUUUUAGCCCCAGCCGCCACUGGUCAGAAGUCACUUGGACUUUGUCUUUGCUCAGUCUUUUUUUUUCAUUCUGUGUAAUAAGAAAAAAAAUCAAUUUAAUAAUUUUUUCAGAAGUUGAUAUUGUAUUUUUGAUCAUUUGUUUGUUUCUUUUGAUUUUUGGAGCUCGAUGGAAAAAAUAAAAUUGAAAAGAAGUCAGUC